CGGUAAAAUGUACGGACCAGCUGGUUAUGAAAUCACGGGCUGCGAAGAAACAAAAUGCGGUAAAAAGGUUCGGAAAACGUAAAUAAUGGCAGAGAGAAGAGUUGUUGUUUUGUACGGGAGUCAGACCGGAACAGCCCAAGAUGUUGCUGAACGUGUUGGACGGGAGGCCAAGAGGAGGCACUUUAAAACGAGGGUUCUUUCAUUGGAUUCGUACGCAAUUGGUGAACUGGUGAAUGAACCACUCGUCAUUUUUGUGUGUGCAACAACAGGGCAGGGAGAUGAACCUGAUAAUAUGAAGAAAUUCUGGAGAUUUCUCCUAAGGAGAAAUCUUCCAAAUGACUCCCUGUCUGAGUUGCAGUUUGCUGUUGUCGGACUGGGGGACUCUUCCUAUCAAAAAUUUAACUUCAUAGCAAAGAAGCUUUACAGGAGACUUCUUCAGCUGGGUGGACAGAGUAUUCAGCCUGUGGGAUUAGCAGAUGAUCAACAUGAUCUUGGAGCAGACGCAGUGAUUGAUCCAUGGCUAGCUACACUGUGGGAGAAAGUCUUAUCAACGUACCCAUUACCGCUGGGUUUAGAUAUAAUUAACUCUAAUAUAUGCCCUCCGUCAAGGUACGAAGUUCAAUUAUUAGAACUAGACAAAGGACUGGACAAUCCUCCCACAGAUCAUGGUAUCAAUGGAAUAGAAACACCGCCCUCGCAGUCUGCUCCUUUCCAAGCGAGGCUAAUAUCCAAUCAGAGACUAACAUCAACUGAUCAUUUUCAAGAUGUCCGUCUUGUCAAAUUAGAUACUAGUCGAUCACAAAUAAGUUACAUCCCAGGGGAUGUGGUCAUGAUCCAGCCCCACAACUCUACGGAAAGCGUCAAUGAGUUUAUAUCUCAUUUUAGCCUCAAUGCUGACCAGAAAAUAAUAUUACGGCAAACUGAUCCAGAUGCGCCCCUACCUCUCCCCUGUCUUGUCCCCCAGCCCUGCACCAUAAGACACCUCGUCACGCACCUCCUUGACAUCAACUCCGUCCCAAGGAGAUACUUCUUUGAGUUGUUGUCUCAUUUUGCUGAGGACGAGCUGCAGAGGGAGAAAUUCCAGGAGUUUGCCUCGGCUGAAGGACAGCAAGAUCUGUUCUCCUACUGCAACCGGCCGAGGCGUACCACGCUAGAAGUAUUUCAAGAUUUCCCAACAAUCAGUUCCAGAAUUCCAUUGUGUUACCUGUUAGACCUCAUCCCUGUUAUCCAGCCAAGAGCUUUCUCUAUUGCAUCGUCAUUAAAGACCCAUCCAAAUGAAAUCCAUGUGCUACUAGCAGUAGUGAGGUACAAAACGAAGCUUGUGAAACCAAGAGAAGGGCUUUGCUCAAACUGGCUGGCAAGAAUGCACCCAAACAAAGAGGAUAUACACAUUCCUAUUUGGGUGAAAAGCGGCACAAUCACCUUCCCUAAGGACGGAGACCAUACCCCUGUCAUCAUGGUGGGGCCCGGAACAGGUGUAGCCCCCUUCAGAAGCUACCUGCAACACAGGGCUGCUCAGGAUAUCGGAAGCAAUGUGUUAUUUUUCGGCUGUCGCAAUUCUGAGAAAGACUACCUCUGCCAUAGUGAAUGGUGCCCUCUAGUGGCCCAUGGUCUUUUAAAGGUUUUCACUGCCUUCUCAAGGGAUCAGGAGGAUAAAAUUUAUGUGCAGGACCUGAUGGAAGGAAAUAGCGCCCUCUUGUGGGAGAUGAUGGAUAGUCAGAAAGCAUGUUUCUUCAUUGCAGGAAAUGCAAAGCAGAUGCCAAAAGAUGUAACUGAAGCCCUUAAGAAUAUCAUUAAGAUGAGAGGAAAUCUUAAUGAAACUGAGACGGAAGACUAUCUGAAAGAUAUGGAGAGGUCAAGACGCUUUCAGGUUGAAACCUGGUCGUAAAUCGAGCAAAGAAGAUCUUUUAUAUUACCGUAAUCCAUGUGAGCUAUUUAAGGGAAGGUACAUGUUUGGUAAUUACUCAAAACAAAUUAUCAUAAAACUUUCUUGGUAACAAGUAAU